AUGUCACCCGAACAUCAUCCGGAUCCCUCCGGAUCCGGUGCCUCGUCGGGCAUGGAACCCCUGGCCUGUGUUAUGUGCAGGUCACGGAAGCUCAAGUGUGACAGGACAAAGCCAGCUUGUACUCGUUGUCGCAAGGUUGGCGGUGAAUGUGUAUAUCCAGAGUCACGCAGGAAACCAACAUUUAAGCGACGGAAUGUGAAGGAGAUUGAAGCCAGACUCGCUCAAGUCGAGAGUUAUCUCAAGGAAGUGAACAAGAGUGUCGAUGAAGGUAGCAACUCCAAUACUUCGCAACAGUCAAACGUACACCUCCCUCAAGAAGACUUCACCUUUGACAGCGCUCUUCCAACAGAGGAUGCUCCUGAUUCUCAGCAGCCCCAGCCAACUCCAUUCGCAUUCUCCGACUUUUCUGCACCCCAGGAGGACACCUUCAUGGGCAAUGGCGCUCUCAUUGGAUUGGGUUAUUCUGAGACGUUGCCGCCCUUUGAUGUUCAAGAAGAGCUCAACAACACCUUUUUCCUCGUGCCAUAUCACUUCAUUCCCAUUGUUCACUCCGGGAGAUAUUAUCAAUCAUUCUACGCUGGUCCCCUGCGGAAACCACCCAUGAGCCUGCAGUAUGCCAUAUGGGCUAUGGCAGCAAACGGUCAUGCCAAAUAUGAUGAGUAUUCGCAGGUAUUUUACCAGCGUGCUCGUCAGUACAUUGAAGCCGAUGAGAUGAAGGACCACGGCGAACAUUUCAUCACAAUUGCUCAUGCUCAGGCUCUGUGUCUGGUUGCCGCUUUCGAGGCCAAAUGUAUGCUCUUCACUAGGGCUUCCACAAGCUGCGCGAAAGCUGUUAGAUUGUGUCAAAUGAUGGGCUUGGAUCGCCUGGAUGGCGCGCGAGACGACUUGCCUCCUGCCCUUGGUCCGCAUUCAACAUGGGAGGAGUUGGAAGAAAGGAGGAGAGUGUUUUGGGGUGCCUUUGCUAUUGACUCCCACGCGAGCAUAUCAACUGGCUGGCCCACACUGAUCAAUCCCGACGAUAUAAUGACUCGCCUUCCCGCAUCAGAAGAAUCGUUCGCCGCAGGCAAAGAGGAGGUAACUCCUUUCUUAGACGAGAUAUUCUCUGGCUCUUCUUACAGCUCCUUUGCCGGGACCCUCGUUGUUUGCUCGAUUUUCCGCGUAAUUCUCAAACACGUGCACCGAUCCAAGCCCACCGAUCAUCCGGAAGACAUGAUGGAGGGUCCAUUUUGGAAGAGGCAUCGCGAUCUUGACAAUCAACUAUCAAGCGUCUUCAUGUUUCUUCCUGCUCGGUUCCGCCUGCCGAGGGCUUUAAGGGACCCGGGAGCCAUCCAUAUGAACCUCAAUCUGCAUGCCGCCGUCAUCAUUCUUCAUCAUGCAGCCUUGGAGAAAGCGGAGCUUCAUAACCUGGGUGAUAAUGUGAUACAGACUAGUCUUUGUCGGCUGAGAACGUCUGCGGAGGAGAUUGUCAACAUUAUCAAAAUUUCGUCUCACGCUACCUCCAUCUUUAAAAGUCCCCUAUGCGCAUUAUCAUUAUACUGCACAACAACUGUGUACGUAUAUCUGGCUAAGAAGAAUACCCAAGCAGGCCUUACACCACUAGACAAAUCAAACCUCGAAAUCAUAAUCCAGGCAAUGGAGGCUAUCGGUCGAAAUCACGAAAUCACUUGUGCUUUUCUGCAGCAGGCCUGUUUGGACAUUGAAAGAAACGAUCUCAAGUCCAUUCUCAAGUUCCCCAACUUAGAAAAAUACAGGUCAAUCUUCGGAGGUGCCAGCAACUCCCAUAUUCCAUUGAUUUCUCGGAGUUCAAUAUCAAAACACUCCAAGGUUACGCCUGUUCUGCCAGGCAGGCUCCCUCUCAACAACCCACAAGGCAAGAUUCUACCGGGACAUUUGAGAAUGGACAAGGGCCCUCCCCCUUUAGUCUCGAGAGGGUCCGAUCCCGUAGUGAAGAAUUUGAUCAACUCGGAUUGCUUCCAGCCAGUUCUUGGUGCCGUCACACGGAAUGUCGGUGGUGGGCCUAGAGACCGGACUGAGAACAAGAGGAAGAGGAUGUCGCCGAGUGUCAGUCCUGGUAAUGGUGUAGGGCUAAUGAACGGAACCGUGGAAAAUGUGACGGAGGAAGGGUACGGAGACCAAGCCUCAGGGUACAGCGGCGCUACCGGGGUCGACAUGCGGAACCCAAUGGGUGACACGUCCUUUGUCCUGCCAGACCGAACGAACUCUUCCACAUCAUCACCGGCGUAUCGACCUGGUGGCUCAGAUCCCUUGUCAGGGAGCAGUCAUACCUCGCCACCUGGAUUGGGCAACACGCCAGAGGAGAACAGAAUCGAUCUGCGGAUGUUUCAGGAACGAAUUGCGCCUCAGAUGUGGCAGGCUGCGCAAAUGCAAUCCAUGCAGGAUACGCUAUUUACGUCGUCUGUAACAGAGGCACUUUUCACCAUGGCUGGAGUGGAUGAGUCAACAGGGUGGGAGUCCUGGAAUGAAUCAAUGACAUGGCGGACAGACAUGCCUGGGCCUUGA